AUGGUGGAUGUACUUCAGUUCUUUCAUGCCUUUUGUUUCUUUGAGUGUUGUUCGAAAUAUUGGGUGCCAAAUAAUAUCACAGCACUUGAUCUACGAUUGAAAGAGCAAUUAAUGGGUCAACCACUCGCACAUGAACUUUUAAUUACAUCGAUCAAAGCACAUAUCAACUCUAAACAGCCGUCGAAAGCAUUGGUAUUAUCAUUACAUGGAAGUACUGGCACAGGAAAAAAUUUCGUUGCGAAACAUAUUGUUGAAAGUUUGUAUAGAGAAGGUUAUAAGACAAAAUAUGCUCGACUGUAUGUUGCAUCACGUGAUUUCAUGCAUCAUGAUGAAGCACAUCUUCAAGAGUACAAAGAUCGGCUUAAGCACGAUAUUGAAAAAGCAACGAAAGCCUGUGCUCAGGCAACGUUCAUUUUUGAUGAGGUCGACAAGAUGCCGGCGCAGUUAUUAGAAGUCAUUUUGGCAUACAUCGAUUUUCAUACCCCGAACUACGCACAACCGACCGAUUUUCGCAAGACAAUCUUUAUAUUUUUAAGUAAUACCGGUGGUAUGGAGAUAAACCGUAUUGCUCAGGACAAUUAUUUUGCCUCUAUUCCACGCGAGAAUUACAACAUCACACAGUUGCAGCGAGCACUGGCCAAUGCUGCAUUUUCUGAAUCAGGUGGACUGUGGCAUGCCUCGCUGAUCAAUCGUCAUCUAGUCGCUUUUUUUAUACCAUUCUUACCGUUGGAACGUUCGCACGUUUAUACUUGCAUUCAACGUGGACUUGAUUCCGCACGUGAAAAGGACGAUUACGAAUACCGCAAGUCGGAUAAAGACAUUAUCAAUGAUGUAUUGGAUUUAAUCGAAUUCUCUCAACCAACGUUACUUUACUCUGCCUCAGGGUGUAAAAAAGUUCAGCAAAAGCUAGAUUUUGUUCUGGAACGAAAUCGAGUGAAACGGCCGAAACCCAAAACGGAGAUUUAG